UUUGUAUUGUCAUUGUCUUCAAGGUCAUCAUUAAGUUGAUGUACAAUGAAUGCCGCUGUCUGUGUUAUGGUGACAGUGCCGACCGAGCAGGAGGAGGAGCGUCUGUUGCAGCUGCAAACGAAGCGCUUUCGAUAUGUAUACAACUGUACGAGAUGCCGCAACUGGGAACAGGAAUCACCAGUGCCAUCUGUGCACUCCAAAGUGUUGCAACAUUGCAGUCGAGCAUUGCAGUUGCCAGAGUUGAAGGAGAAUGCACCGUUGGAGCAGGUGUUGCGUCUUAUUGCGUUGCAGCUGCGACUGGAGCAUGUGUUCUGGUCACACGAUGUGGCAGGUGAACAGUUGCAAGCACGCUUCGAUCUGUUGCAGGAUGAGCGGUACGAGAGGUUGCUCUGCACCUUGCAGGAUUGGGGCAUUGGCGAGCGACCUGGCACCCAUGUGACCGCCAUCAAUUGCCUCGAGACACGCGUCAAGUUCAGCUCCUCGCCGGCAGGUGGCGCAGGCGCAGGGGAAAGAGCAGGAGCAAGAGCAGGAGCAGAAGCAGGAGCAGGACCACGAACAGAAGCUGGAGAAGCAACUGCAUCCGAUCAGCCGGAGGGACAGCGAUUGGGCUGGCAGAGUUUCAUGGACUCGGUGCGUUGUCGCCUCAAUGUGAAUCAAGUGGUGCGUGUGGUGCGUCGUGAUGCCACCAUUAACUUUGACUUUGUGGUGCUGCUGAUGGCUGCCGCCUUGCUCUCCUGCGUUGGCCUUGUGGAGGACAGCUUCCUCUUCCUGUCGAGCAGCAUGCUCAUCUCUCCACUCAUGGGACCCAUCAUUGCCGCCAUCUUUGGCUCCGUGAUCGGUGACCGAGGUCUGCGUUGGAUUGGCAUUAAGAAUGAACUAAUUGGCAUUGCCAUUUCGGUGGUCACGGGCUUCAUCUUUGGCGGCGCGAUUUGCCUCUUUGGCUUAUGUCGAUUCUUUGUCCUCUCCGCCGGCUUCACGGAGGAGAUCGUCUCCCGCUGCGACACUCACUCAUUGGCCAUCGGCCUCUGCACCGCCUUGGCGUCGGGGGCAGCGGCGGCAAUUGGUGUGCUGGGCGGCAACACGGGCUCGCUUGUGGGCGUGGCCAUCUCAGCCUCCCUGCUGCCCCCAGCGGUGAAUGCCGGCCUGCUCUGGGCAAUCGCCUUGUGCUCCCAGCUGUUCCAAGUGGAUUCACAGCUGCUGCAGGGUCUAUCGAAGCAUCAGGAUUACUCGCAACAGUUGCACAUUGAACUGUUCGUCUGUGCCACGGUCAGCAUGGCAUUAACCCUCGUCAAUGUGGUCUGUGUGUGGCUAAUGGGCGUGGUGGUGCUGCGUAUUAAGGAGGUGGCACCGGCGGUGCAGCGGGAUCAAGAGUUUUGGCGCCACGACGUCCGACUCGCUCGUGAAGUCGCGCUCAAUGAUCCCGAGUUGCACAAUGCCAUCGAUCGCCUGGACACGAGCGAGCGACGGCAAGUGGAUCUCGAGGCGCCACAAUAUCAGCACACCUGGUCGCCAGGCACAGCUCGUACUUGCUUGCAGCAUGAGUCAGGUGUCGGCCAGAUCGAGGAGAAGGACAACAACAAUAGCAGCAGCAACAAUUAUCACACGGUGCAUGGCUUUCAGGACUUCUGCAUCACGUUGCACAAGCUCAAGUUGCCACGUCCCUCCAAGCCGGCGCUGCCCAGCUUCAUGGAGCUCUUCACGCCCCCGACGAUCCCGAGCAACGCGACACCAAAUGUGGCAGACAUGGAAACAGCAGUUGCAGCUGCCGCUGACACAACAAUCCUGGACUUUUCUUCGAGCAGUGCCCUCAGCAAUCAUCGCAGCCUGCCCGAUCUGCGCCUGCCUCUCAAAGAUGCCACGCCCACGUGCAAGUCAAAGUUGCCACGUUGCGUGCAUUGGAACGAGGAGCGUGAUCAGCGUCAGCGUCAGUUCCUGCUGGAGGCGAAGGCGAAGACCACAGCGAUGGAGGAAGCGGACGCGCAAGCGGAAGCGGAAACGGAAGCAGAGGUGCAGUUCUUGCCACGUCAUUCUGGCCACGUGCUGCUCCCAUUGCCAUUGCCGGAUCGACGAUUGCGUUUGCUGAGGAGUCGGAGCAAGGAUAACAGCGAGGAAUGCGAAUACGAGCAUGAGUACAACGUCUAACUGUCUAUCCUGUCAUGUCAUGUCCUCUGAAUGUCCUGUCUCUCUUCUGUUCACUCUCUCUCUCUCUCUCUCUCUAUCUGUGCAUGGCCAAUAGACACAACACUGCGAACAGCAAGGUAAACAUUACAGCCAAGUUCUCUUUCA